CGUUUGAACUGUCAAAGGUGUCCGCGAGAGAGAGGCUGCGUUUUUUCUUUCUACAAAAAAUACCUACCUUUUUUCUUAACCGACCUCAACAAUUUUAAAAAAGAAAAUCAUAACAAACUUUUAAGAUACAUGCAUUAAUUUUCAUUAGUCAAUCGUUAAUUUGAACGUUUAGAUAGACAUCGAAUGAAAUUCAAAUGGAAAAUUGAAGUGGAAGGAUAAAAAAACACUUUUGGCCAAGGAAAGAAUGGAAUGUCGGGCGAAAAUGUGUUUGAGUGAACCUGAAAAUAUGCAUUGAGGAAAGUUUGAAAGUUUAGUUUGCUACUUUAAUGCAUAUAUAACGUGUUCCAGAGUUGGUAUUUAACGUGAGUUCGCUUUUCAACAAAUCAAAACAGGGAAAACUGGAAGUGCCUCGCAGGCAAGGUGAUUGGGAAAUUUUUAAUCAGACGUGUCGCCAAGACAACGUACUUGCUCACCGAUGGCAAGGCUUCCCUAAGAAACGUGAUACAUUUAUCUGUAAUAAAGGAGAUAAAAAUCCCAACUUUUUGAUAGCCAUCACAAAUAUUUUAAAGGAGAGACAAUUGCUAAGAACUUUUAAAGUGAAUCGGCCGUGUCCCCAAACAAUUUGUACUUUAGGAAAUCAGUAAAUUUAUUGAAUAAUUUUAAGAGCUUUGCAAAAGUUCUUGGAGUUUUUCUGCGAAAGGAAGAAAUCGUAGCAUUCCUAGAAUGCAUAUAAAAAGUCUGCAACAUGCUCACGCUGCUGCAGCGGCAGCAGCAAUGCCAAACUGUGAAAUUGUAAUUGUAUCGUCGUCGCCUAAUCAUAAUAACAACAACAACAAUAAUAAUAAUGAAAGUACAAAUGGAGCAUCCAGCAAUGGAAGUGGUGGAGGAGCUCAUAAUCAUCAUCACCCCGGUCCCCCGACAGCUGCACCGGCGGAAAUUCCCAUACCAUUUAUGCAUUUGGCAAGCGUAAGUGAGGCUCAGAAGCUCACCAUGGCCGCAGCUCAGGCUGCAGCCGCGCAAGCUGCGGCAGCAGAACACCAAAACGGCGGUAUUGGACCUGCACCUGGCAGCACUUUGGCGCACCAUCAUGCCAUAUUGCAGCAGCAUCCAUUGGCCCAUUUGGUGGCCUCGGCUGCCCAUAGUCCUGCGCUAUCAGAACAACAUUUUAUUGCCCGCGAUGCUACUGUCUUGACAAACGGCCAUAAUGGCAGUACAACGCCCGUAUCUGGAGGUGGUCCUGCUCCCGAGAAGCCCUUUCAAUGUAACGUGUGUGAAAGGCGAUUCCGGCAACUGAGCACACUCACCAAUCAUGUGAAAAUUCACACCGGAGAGAAACCGUACAAAUGCAAUGUUUGUGAUAAAACAUUUCGUCAAUCGUCCACUCUUACAAAUCAUUUGAAAAUACACACUGGAGAGAAACCAUUCAACUGUACCUAUUGCCCGAAGCAUUUUCGUCAAUUGAGUACUCUAACAAAUCACUUGAAAAUUCAUACAGGCGAAAAACCUUUUGAAUGUGCCGUUUGUAAAAAACAAUUCCGUCAAUCAAGUACUCUUAACAACCAUAUAAAGAUCCAUGUAAUGGACAAGGUCUAUGUUCCCGUUAAGAUCAAAACUGAGGAGGAGGAAGGAUGA